AUGCAACGAGAUCUACACGUAGAAGACGAUGCAAAACUUCGUUUUUAUUCUAAUGUUUUAUACCCAGUUGAAGCACUACUAGGAGGAGCAGAAACGAGAUUUACUGGAAUGUUGGGUGUUUCCGAUUUCAUUUUAUGCACUAAUAAUCCCACAGUGGGCUUGAUGCCUGUGGAGAUUAAAAUGUUUCACAAUUUGAGGUUAGGUAGUUAUAACCUCUGGGAAGUUUAUCGAUAUGCUGACCGGGCUCAAAUAACGAAUCGAGAUUUUAGGUUUAGAAAAAGGAUCUUAUCUCGGGUGUUUGGCGAAAUGGCCUGCAAUGGCCCUCAUUACGGGAUCUUGACAAACUAUUCCGAUACGUACUUUCUCAGACGACCGGAAAAUGAAUCAAAUAACCUAUAUGUUUCUCGUGUUUUUCAUCCUGAUGCUAUUAAUGAUACCAUCGAUAAUAGAUUGGAUCGUGUAAUGGAUGACAAUUUUACAUCUUAUGACGAUGAUUAUGACAAAGAUGACGAUAACGAUGAUGAUCCUGGUGAUGAUCCUGACGAUGAUUAUAUUCCUCCUGGUUCUUCUAGUUCAAAGAAGAGGAAGAGUUCUUCGAUUCAGACCGGUAGCAAGAAGAGAGUGACCGCGCCAUCUUCCAAAGGAAUCACUACAAUAGGUAAAUAUAUAAGUAGUGGAACCUUUGGAAAGGUUUUUUCUGGCUAUUAUGAUGGUCAACUGUGGCAUGGAAGACUUGUGAUGCGUACAAGGAGCAAGAAGCGACGAAAAUGCUAG